UCGCAGGAGAAGGAAGGGGGAGGGGACGAGGGACACCUGACGUAAACACAACUCUUUGGGAGACUGGAAAACAGUUCUUUGGAUUAACAUUCCUUAAAAUUGUAAGCCGUAACACUUCCCCCAAAAAUCUCUCGUCAUGGCGGCUAUCGAUAAAGUGAAGGUCAUCGUUGUCGGGGAUUCUGGAGUGGGCAAAUCGUCCUUAGUGCAGCUCAUCUGUCAUGGGCAAACUAUUAGCAACCCUUCGUGGACGGUGGGAUGCUCUGUUGAGAUGAAGCUUCAUGAAUAUCGCGAGGGAACUCAAAAUCAAAAGACUUACUUUGUGGAGCUGUGGGAUGUUGGUGGCAGCAGCAGUCACCGCAAUACACGAUCAGUGUUCUACAACCCUACCCACGGAAUAAUUCUUGUUCAUGAUUUGACAAACCGAAAGUCCGAACAAAAUCUUCAGAAGUGGCUGGCGGAGGUAUUAAACAAAGAAGGCAAUUCAAAGUACAAGAACCACACUUUUGAUGACUUUGAUCCUGAGCAGUUCGUUGGCUCUACACAGAUUCCCAUUCUUGUGAUUGGUACAAAGGUUGAUAUGCUUGAAGCAUCCCGUGCACAUGCUCAGAGGAGAUCAGCAACAAUUGCUGAAGAAUGUGCUGCGGACGAAAUUGCUGUAGAUAAUACUGAGGUGCGGUCCUUGGCAGCAGGAAGCAGUUCGGCUGUUAAACUUAGCAGGUUUUUUGAUAAGGUAAUAGAAAGGCGGCAUCAUGGCCGUGACAGUAUCAGCCCGUAUGUUGAUAGAAAUAAUUUAAGUGGGCGAAGGCCAUUCUCCUCCCCACUCAGUAACCCAAUGAGCCCUCUGAGUACCUUGAGUCCCUUAAGUGGAUAUAGUGCCUACAGUGCGUACAGUUUUAAAUCUGCUCAUAAUGAAUAGAGGCUAUUAGAUAUUUAUGGAAGACUGAGCUAUUAAAAUGUCAAAAUAAUUUUCCAUGUUGCAUUUUCUAUGUAUGUUAAAAGAAUUUAUUGUGCUAUUUUUUGUUUCAUGUAAUUUCCAUUUCUUUAAAUAAAAUUGUCAUAAAAAUUUGA